AUGUCGAUGUAUACACUUGCCAAAGAGCUUUUCCCGCCAACAGGGAUUGAGCGAGUGGUCCGCUGCAACUUUGUACGACCAGACGUUCUCAAUGUCAUCGUUUCAAAGUCAACGGUCUUGGAGAUCUACAAUUUCACCGAGCCAGCACAGGCUGAUCAGCUGCCCCGGUUGGAAUUGGUAGCAAGCUAUCGAAUGAACGGGAGUAUCACAUCCAUGGGUGUUAUUCGAACAAGUUCCUCGGGCCAACAUGGACUGGACAGCAUCCUGGUCAGCUUCAAGGAUGCCAAGAUGUCCUUGUUGGAAUGGUCAUUUUCGAAUCAUUGUAUUGUCACGGUCUCUAUCCAUUAUUAUGAACGUGAUGAUUACAAGCAAGAAUUCUUGAAUAAUUCGCACCCAACAGAAAUCCGUGUCGAUCCCUCGCGACGAUGUGCUGUGCUUGCAUUUUAUGGAGAUAGGCUCGCAGUACUCCCAUUUAGGCAAGAUGAAGUCGUCAUUGGCGACGAAGACGAUGCAAAAUGGCCAUACAUGCCGAGCUAUGUGAUGACCUUAUCCGACAUUGACUCCAAGAUCAAGAAUCUCAUCGAUAUGGUUUUUCUUUAUGACUUUUAUGAACCAACUCUUGCAAUCCUCUUUUCUCCUGAGCAAACAUGGACCGGUCGUCUUGCAGUGCGCAAAGAUACAUGCUCAUUGGUUGUAGUAUCUCUCGACAUCACGCAUAGAGUUUAUCCCAUCAUUUAUUCCAUCGACAAAUUACCAUAUGAUUGUACAAAGGUGAUCGCAGUCCCCAAACCUGUAGGCGGACUCUUGAUUGUUUCGGCAAAUGCGCUUAUUCAUCUGGAUCAAGGGUCAACAGGCGUGGGUGUAGGUUUAAAUGCUUAUGCGCCUAUGGUCACUGAUUUUCCGCUUCAAUCCCAGCAUCACUUCGACAUUGCGCUGGAUGGAGCAGAGCAUGUAUUCCUGGCACCAAAUCAAAUACUAUUUACGCUGAGGAAUGGGGAAAUGUACGUUGUUGAACUUCAGCAGGAAGGGCGAUCGCUCUCUGGGUUUAAAAUCGAAAAAGUGGGGUCAAGUAUGCAAACGUCAUGCAAGUGCUCCUUAGGUCUCGGAUAUUUUUUUGUCGGAUCAAGAUAUGCGGAUUCCAUGCUGAUCAAAUACUCUACCAAAGACCAGGUCAAGGUAUUUAGAGAAGGAGAGUCAAAAUGGCAGUUCGAGAUAUGUGACACUCUGACUAAUACGGGUCCAAUUCUCGGCUUCGACGUGGGACAGCGUGCAAGCAAUGAAUUGCACUCGGAAUUUCCUCCGCAGCAUGAACUCGUGGCAGCAACCGGUACAGUUCAAAAUGGAGCGCUUGUUGUCUUUCAGAGAAAUAUUCGACCGAACGUCAUUCGAUCCACAGAUGCUCUGAAGGGGACCAAGGCUUUAUGGACAGUAUAUUGUCGCAAAGAGAUCAUUUUUGAAGGGGUUUCACAGUUUGAGAGCCGCAAGGUAACGACAGCAGGAGAUGAAUCCGAUGAAAAUUACGAUAAGCUGAUGGUUGUCUCUAUGGAGAGAGCUACAGACCAAGGCACACAUAAAAGUACACUGGUACUGGCUACCUCGGGAGAUGAUCUACGGCAGCUUCCCAAUUCCCAAUUUUACUCAGAGGGACCUACUAUCGCCAUUGGGUCUUUUUUGGAUGAAACGAGGAUUGUACAGGUUUAUGCUAGUGGCGUUCGUAUUCUCAAUGCAGACUGUAAACUCAAGCAACUUGUCCCGAUUGGGGAACAUCUUUCCAUUGUGGCUGCUAGCAUUGUUGACCCAUACAUCCUACUGCUGCUUCAUAAUGGCUCAGCACUCCUCCUUAAAGGCGAUAUGGCCACCAAAGAUGUAACCAUCCUCAGCCAAUCCUCUGUUCUCAAUAGCAUCCCUAUCAAAAGUUGCUGUAUAUACGCAGACACGACGAGCACUAUACUGACUGUCAAGGAAGCGCCGACGAUGGCCUCUCUUAGAUCGAGCGCAACUAGAAAUACAUUGGCUACUGUCAGUACAGUGAAAAAAAGGACCAAGAAGCAGAAGAAAGAAGUCCCACGAAUCAUCGAUGAUAUUGACUUGGACCUUUAUGGACCUGAAUUGGGCGAAGGAAGAGAGGAAGAAGAAGAGGAGGUCGAGGAGGAGGAUAGGGAUGUUGAGAUGACGGGACCCGCACCGACUGAGACCAAUGCAAACGGGGAUAUUCCUUUGGAUAAUGUUACUAUGGAUGGCGUCCAAUCUACAGCGAAGGCAGCUAUGGCAAACCCAGAAGGAGAGUCAGUUCAGGCUACACAUUGGUGUAUUAUCUAUAGAACGGACGGAGCUUUUGAAAUUUAUCAACUACCUGAUUUCAAGGAGGUAUUCUUCUUCCCUCACUUCGAUCUCUUACCAGAAGUGUUGUCAGACGCGCCUGCACAUCAAGAUACCAAGCCUGCUGGGCACGCACGAGAGAUUUCAGAGCUGAUUAUGGUCAAUAUGGGGGAAAAGGAUGUAAAGAAAGUCUAUCUUGUGGUUCGAACGUACCGCGGCAACAUCGCGGUUUACAAGACAUACCAGCACUUCCCAACAAUAGAGCUAGAUGGUGCCGGGAACCCUAUUGACCUUUCAGAUCGCCUUGCUAUUCGCUUCAGGAAGGUACCGAUAGAUGUGGUAGCAAGGGAAACUCCUGACGAGGAUGAAGAAACAACUAUACCUACCACCAUGGAAGGUGACAGCGCAAAAGCUAUUGAACGAGAGAUUGCAAAGCAGGAGAGGAGGAGGCAGCAAAAACCCAAACACUUGAUCCCAUUUACAGAUAUAUCAGGAUACGAAGGCGUCUUUGUCCUAGGGGCUUCCCCAAUGUGGAUUAUGGGUGGUGGAACAGGGCUACCAAGAGCGCAUCCUAUGAUUUGUGAUGGGAAGGUUGUAUGCUUUACACAGUUUCACAACUUGAAUUGCAAGCAUGGUUUCAUGAUGCUUAAUGCAAAGGGUGAUCUAAGGAUCAGUCAGCUUCCUUCUGAGGGCAUUCAUUAUAAUAUGCCAUGGCCUAUUCGCAAAGUGCCACUGAAAAGAACUGUGCGACAUAUCCGGUAUCAUCCGACCUCUCAAACAUAUGUCGCUGUAACGGCCGUACCGGAUCCUUUUGUGAUCAAGGAUGAAAACACUGACCCUGGCAAUCAAUCCAAACCCAAGUCUGUAGCUGGUUUCCAUCCUCUUGCAGAGAGACAGACAUUGGAAUUGAUUUCGCCCGUCACCUGGGAGACUGUGGACCGAUAUGAGCUGAACGAAUAUGAGAUCGUGACGAGCAUUGAGACUGUCAGUCUAGAAUCAAGUCAGGAUGCUUCCGGGCGCAAAAUGUUUAUCGCUGUGGGGACAUCGUACAUCAAGGGCGAAGACUCCGCCAUGCGGGGGACGAUCUACAUUUUUGACAUUAUUGACGUUGUUCCUGAACCGGACAAUCCACAGACGAACCAUAAACUGAAGUUGCUGCGGACUGAAAACGUGAAAGGCGCUGUUACGGCGCUGGCAGCUUUGUGUGGAUACCUAUUGACGUGUGUUGGUACCAUGCUAUUUGUUCGUAGUUUUGAGGAUAAUGAAACAUUGACGGGCAUCGCGUUCAUGUUUGUGCAGAUCUAUGUAACAAGUGUCAAGGUGGUUAAGAACACCAUCAUGCUGGCAGACGCCUAUAAAAGUGUGUGGUUCGUUGGCUUUCAGGACGAACCACCUAAGCUAGUCCUGUUGGGCAAGGACUACAAUCCAAUGGAAGCCAUGAAUGUAAGCUAUCUAAUUGAAAACCAGUCGAUGAAUAUAGUGGUCGCUGAUUCUGAGAAGAACAUUCGCCUGUUACAGUAUGCCCCGUUCAAUGUGCAAUCAUUUAGUGGUCAGAAGCUGAUUUGUCGCGGCGACUACCAUGUGGGUUCGCAAAUUGAAUGUACGAUAUCUGUUCCAAAGAUUGUGUUGAGCGGCUCAGAUGAAGGGAUCAGUCAUUUGACUAUAUGUGGAACUCUGGAUGGUGGACUUUGUAUGAUCACACCAAUUCCAGAAAAGACAAGCAAGCGCCUCGCACUGUUGAGCACCCAGAUUGUGAAUGGAGUCCAGCAAGCCGCAGGGUUGAAUCCACGUUCAUUUAGGCUAUUACAGUCAAAGGAUCGACUUAACUAUAACCCCGUGAAGAGUAUUUUAGAUGGCGAUUUAUUGUUUGAGUUUAUCAACCAGCCUGCAAAUAGGCAGAAGGAAAUGACCAAGCAGAUUGGAACAGGCGUGGAUCGGGUGAUGGAUGAUCUAGCGGGUAUCUCUGUGGCUGCUGAUCACUUUUAA